UUCCCUGCAGAGGCGGGUCUUAAGUCUGUGUUUUAAACAACAGCCAGUUUAUCUAAUUUACACACAGGGUUUUCAGGGGAACUGAAAAGAACAAAAAACUGUCAAAAUGGCUUGCAAAAUGAUUCUAAAAUUCCUAAUGGUCAUCUUCAACAGUGCCAUCUUCUUAUCCGGAGUUGGGACUGUGGUCAUUGGAGUUUUGGUCGAAAUUAACAGGAAGCCUGUACUUGGAGCGCUGGGUAACAUUAAAGAAAUUCCCCCAGAGUUAGUGCAUCUGGCUAAUACUGGCUACUUGCUAAUCGCUAUUGGGGCCAUACUUACCAUCAUGGGCUUCCUGGGCUGCUGCGGAGCCUGCUGUGAACUAAAGUGCAUGCUUAUGACUUUCUUCAUCAUCAUCUUAAUCAUGUUUGUCAUGGAGGUGGUGGCAGCGAUACUCCUUCUGCUUUACGAGCCUAAGGCGCAGAAAGUGCUGGAUAACCUACGUGAAAAAGUCGCUCAGAGCAUCAAGAAGAACUACGGGAAAAACGACAUCUUCACUAAUGCGUGGAACGAAACGAUGAGUCUGAUAAAAUGCUGUGGAUACAAUAACUACACCGACUUCACUGACUCCCAGUAUGUAAACGACACCCAACGGUACCCCAAGUUCUGCUGCUCUGGAACAAAUGACCAGUGUAAAUCUGACCAAGCAAAAUCGAAGCCUGUGAUCGGGUGUUUCGACGCUGUGGUGGAGUGGAUAAAGAAGAAGUCUGCUUUGAUUGGGGGCGUGGCUAUUUGUGUCGUUGCUAUAGAGGUCGCUGCAAUGAUCGUGUCCCUUGUACUGUACAAGAACUAAACCUGGAAACUUGCAGAAGUAAAAGCGCUGCACGCUGAAACAUUUGACAUCUUACGGGAUACGACAAUACAAUGUGUACAGAACUUUUUUUUUUUUUUUUUUACAUAUUUUAUAAUCUUGUAUGUUUUAUUAAUAACUUUCUAAACAAAAAACCUCCACAUCAAAAUGCAAAUAUGAGCCAAUGAGUAAAGAAGAUAUAUUUUGUAUACUUAUAAGUUUGUUUAUUCAAGUACAGAACAGCUUUGUUUUUGUUGGCAUUUCCAUAUUUAUUUUUCUAAGCAUAUAGUGUUUGUUCAUUUACGAGAGGGUUGUUAUUUUUACAGAGCCGUUUCACAGGAAGUGUUCUGAUCAAGCUAAAAUUUGGUAUAUGUUAGUUUGUAAGUAAAUAUUCAAUGAUGACUGGAUUAUUUAAAAGCAUAGCUGGCAGCUUUCUUUAUAGAUUCUACAGUUUCUUCAGAAACCCCUGAUGGAUUUCCUUUGCAUAGUUUAAUUGCUUGACACAAUUAACACAGACCAACCUAAUGAGUUUGGGGAGACACACAUGAAGACAACCAACCGCCAAUUAUUCAAAGUGCUGAUGUUCAUACAUGGAGGAAAGUGACAUCUGCCCUCUUCUGCAUACACAACCUCAGCAGCAACCUCAUUUCCCCGCUUGUCUACAUCAACCACUCAGCACCACUAAUCACCGGCCUGAUCAUCCGUCAUCAUCUGCACCCAUUUCAAACUGGUGGUGUUUUUUUUAUGCUUGAAUGAUUCAUAGGUCACUGUCUGUCUUGACAAAAAAAAAUUCCAAUGAAACUGCUUAGAUACAGGGACUGGACUAAAAAUGAGAGACUAAAAGUCCUUCAGGAAGCCCGGAGAACUAUUCCCUCCAAGACUACAUUAAAAAAAAUAAAUAAAUACAAAGUCUGGCUGUUUGGAAGUAAAAUAUGACCCUUCCAACUAAAAUCAUGCCUACAGAACGGCACUAACAGUAUUUGUUCAUAAAAUAAGUUGCUGUUGGUACACCUAGGCCUCAGACGGAUUUAGAAUGGUUUCUCUUUAGCCACACUCAUUUCCUGUUUGCAUGACAUAAACAUCGCAAUGCGUCAAUGGAUUACAACAUUGACUGCAAAUUUAUUAAUGCAUUUGAAUAAGACAUUUGGUAUUUCUACCCUACCUUGACCUUUGUUGAUAUAUGAGAAUGUUCUGUGUUUAACCCUGACUCUGUCUUGUUUGCUAAUAAACUUUUGCAUAUGCAUUUAUACAC